ACAAAAGGAAAAACAAAGGAAAAUUUGGCCCAAAAAAAUCAGCACUAUGUGGGCGCAGUCAAUGCUCUCAACUUGAACACUUGCUCUUUGAAAACCAAGAACACAACCAAUGGCUCACGAAGAACAAUCUGCUGGUCUUGAAUCACCCUUGAUUCCAGUUCUGCCCCAAGAACAUGCAUUACAAUCAACAAAGGGACGAUUCACGGAAGGAGAAUUGUUCGGGGAACUGAAGAAGCAGUUAUUGUUGGCAGGGCCGCUGGUAUCAUCAAAUUUCUUGUUGUUCGGUAUGCAGGUUAUUUCAGUCAUGUAUGUUGGCCAUCUUGGGGAGCUAUCACUUGCAGGUGCUUCCAUGGCCACUUCUUUUGCAUCUGUGACUGGUUUGAGCUUGAUAAUAGGAAUGGGUAGCGCAUUAGACACAUUUUGCGGGCAGUCGUAUGGAGCAAAGCAGUAUCAUAUGCUUGGUGUACACAUGCAGAGGGCAAUGCUUGUUCUUCUGCUGGCCUGCAUUCCUCUUGCAACUAUAUGGUUCAAUGCAGGCCACAUUCUCAAAUUCUUCGGUCAAGAUCCAGAAAUUGCCACUGCCGCUGGAAACUAUGCUCGUUUCCUGAUACCUUGCAUUUUUGCUUACGCAGUCCAACAAUGUCAUUCCAGAUUCUUGCAAACCCAAAACAAUGUGGUUCCUAUGAUAGCUACCACAGGUAUUGCAACACUAGUGCACUUGCUUCUCUGUUGGCUUCUGAUAUACAAGACCAGCUUGGGAUAUAGAGGCGCUGCUGUCGCGAUCUCUAUCUCAUAUUGGAUCAAUGCAUUACUCUUGGUUGUUUAUAUCAGAGUUUCUCCUUCUUGUAUACACACAUGGACUGGAUUCUCAAAGGAGGCAUUUCAUGGAAUUCCCAAUUUCAUAAGACUAUCUAUUCCUUCAGCUAUAAUGAUCAGCCUAGAAAUCUGGUCAUUCGAAAUGAUGGUUCUCUUAUCCGGUUUUCUUCCAAAUCCACAGCUUGAAACCUCAGUGCUAUCAAUCAGCCUUAACACAUGCUCCAUGUUAUACAUGAUUCCUCUUGCAUUCGCAGGUGCAGCAAGCACAAGAGUUUCAAAUCAAUUGGGUGCCCGGCAACCACAACUAGCUCGUCUAGCAGUAGGUGUUGCACUAUGCAUUGUUGUUACUGAAGGUAUUGUGGCUGCUGCAAUACUGAUACUGGGUCGAAAAGUUUGGGGCUACUGUUACAGCAGUGAAAAGGAAGUUGUCAGUUAUGUUGGGCAAAUGCUUAUUUUGGUUGCGGUAUCCCACUUUUUUGAUGGACUUCAAUCUGUGCUUUCAGGUAUCAUAAGAGGAAGUGGACAGCAGAAGAUUGGAGCAUAUGUAAAUCUGGGAGCUUAUUAUCUUAUGGGAAUCCCUACUGCAAUAUUAUUAGCAUUUUUAUUCCACAUUGGAGGAAAGGGUCUUUGGAUGGGAAUCAUUGUUGCGCUAUUUGUGCAAGCACUGUCUCUUGCAAUCAUAAUCUUAUUCACAGACUGGGAGAAAGAAGUGAAGAAAGCUUCUGAUAGGGUGUACAACACACCAACCGCGUCUAAUGCAUCAUCCGUAAGCUGAUGUUGAAGAGGAAUGGUUAAGUCUACUAUUAGAAAAGAAGUGGAAAGCUUAUUCAGUCCUUAACCGAUCGAGUACACUACUAUUUCGUCUUUCGAACGCAUCUAAGAAACAGCGGGAGACAAGUCUAAUUAAAAUGUAGCAUAUGAUUUUGAAGUCAUGUUAUGCCAGUUUGGUCAUAUGGUGUACGUUCAUAUCAUUUCUCCAAUUAUCGUUCCUUAAUUUACACAACACUGUAAACUGGGUAUAUAUAGUACAGCUAUCUAAUUACUUAAUGGAAAUUAACCAACUUUUAA